AACAAAAUUUUCCCCGUUAACCCGCAUCGUGAUGGAUUUGGAUUCGCAAUUUUUGAGCUUAUCGACUAAAUUCCUGUUUAUUAACUGUGGCAGCCAGUCCGGUGAAAAUCGCUUCGAGCUCAACACACUUUUGAACGAGCUGAAUGGGUUGGACUACCGGAAUCAGAAGAUUAGUGACUUAAGGGCCCCUAUCCGUUUGGUGGAAUCCCUUGUUAACAUUCCGACCAAUGAGGAUACGUUGAUCGUGAAAGCAUGCUGUCUGAUCAAAACUCUGGUAAACAAGCAGAAAAUUGUACUUCCGCCCAAUGUUGCGGCAGCCCAAAUCAACUGGCUGUACAGAUGUCUGGAUCGAUGUUUCUAUCAGGUCAUCAGCGAAGCGCUUGGAACUUUGCAAGUUCUGUGGAAGUUUAGCGGGGAGCACAUCAGCUUGUUCAGUGAUCUUUUGCUCUCCAAUAAUGGGGUUUUGAUCAAUUUACUGGCAGACCCGUUCUAUCGGCAAGUGGACCGAGGUCCUAAUUUCGAUUGUUGUUCAGCGGGAGAGAUUUACCUAGCUGCGAUUUUGUGCCUUGAAGCGCUGCUGGUGGCGUAUGAGGAGAAUGAAUUGUUGGAAAAAUAUUAUCCUCUGGUAGGGGAUUCCAUUAUUUCCUUGAUGUUCCGAAUCAAAACAGACUCCCUUGCGGAACCAUCGUAUUGUAACCUGGUUACAUCUGCACUCCGUUGCCUAAGAAUAAUAUCAGUCGGAACAAAUCAAACCCAAUGGCUACCGGAUCACCUGGGUCAACUGCUGGGGGUAGCAAAAUCUUUCAUGAUGUAUGGCAUUCCGGGAAUCAACCACCUGAAUCCGCAGAAAAUUAUGGUAUCCCAGCAAGGUGUCCCGGAACCGCAACACAUUCCUAUAAACAAGGGCGGCAAGGUGCCGAAGACGAGAAAAACACGAACGCCGGCCAAGGGAAAGGGAAGAAGCUCUACAGAUACCAGGAAAAGUGGACCGGCUCCAGGAAAAACUGGUUCCGUUUGGGACGAAAACAGUCGGCAGCCGUACACGGAUCAGAGUUUUGUGUUGGAAGCCAUCAACACCGGCUACGUAUCGAGCUCGGUCUACCGCACCAGUGAUUCGGACUUUUCCGAAAGCGAAACAUCCCGGGCUCAGAUCGAUCGACACAAGCAGUCCAAGCUACGAUUGACGGCUCUAACCCUUGUCAGUGCCAUCGAUCAAACGGUCGAAAAGCGUAUCAUGUUUGGCUUUUGGCACGCCCUGUUCCCGGAUGAAAAUCGUACCCCGGCCACAGUUUCGCUGCUGAAUUGCGUCCUGAAGGAUCCCUCACCAAAGUGCCGCAUCACCGCCAUCCAAGCGAUUUCUUUUAUGCUUUAUCGAUCGAAACCUUUUUUGAUACAGGCGGAAAACAGUAAGAAGUCGCCGGUUUCCUUUACACCGUUUUCGAUCGCUCUCGGGAACAUGUUGGUGGAGAUGUACGAAAUGCUAACGCAAGCACUGGCCGAUGAAAGUGACCUUUCCGUUCUGACGCAGAUUCUUAAGUGUUUAACGGUUUUUGUCCAGGCGACGCCGUUCCAUCGACUCAAGCGGGGUAUCGUCACGAAGUUUGUGAAGUACAUAAGGUUGCUGACCCGGCACAAAGAUCCUACGAUUAAGGUGGGGGCAUUGAUGGUGAUGGGUUUUCUGAUAUCGGUCAGCGAGAUUACUCCGGAGAUAUCGGAAAUCGUUGGUAUUCCUAGGACAGAAAUUACGAACAAAACAAACGAAACUAGGAAGAAGAAUGCAGCCGAAGCGUUGAGCGUACAGUUAGCCGAGGAGGAGGAGGAGUUCCCAGCUUCGGAUGAAGAGCUGGAAGAACCUCCCUCGAGGGAAGAUGAUAAAUCCGUUGAUAGUAGUUCGGAUAGUCCGAAGAUGUCUUGGUUACUGCAGCUGGCUUUGGAGUAUUUGGGGGUCACAGUUAACGAGCACAAAGUGGUCAAUCCGUCUUCGGUGAUGGCCGUUCGAAUGGAGUGUCUGCAGGUGUUGUCGGCCAUGACCUCUCACUAUUCACUACUGGUCGAUCAUCUGCCAUUGGUGGGUGCGGCUUUGGAGAAGUCCUUCCGGGAUAACAUUUCGGAGAUCAAACUGUACUCGGGAAGGGUGUUGGAUCUUCUUGGUCAUGCCAUCAAUACGUCACUGCUGCUUAAAGUAUCAAUCGACACUAACGAGUUGGGAAACUCGGUAGCAUUUUGGAUGGCCAUACUCCCGGUGGUAACGGAGCAGAUUCAAGAAAUUCAGGAAAACCCUUCAAUGAGAGCUAUUUGUUGUGACGCUCUUGGAAACGUGGGAAUUCACGUUUAUGAAAAACUACCGCGUGAGCGUCAGAUAGCCUUGGUAUCGCUUCUCACCGGGUGUACCUUCGAUGAAGACAGCUCUGUCAGUUCGGCUGCUGCCCGGGCCCUAUCGGUAUUCAUCCUGUUCCCAUCGCUAAGGGAUAACAUUUGCUAUAUUGAGAACACAAUUGAUGCCAUUCUGAGGAUUAUGCAGGAUCAAAAUGUGGCGGCACGUGUCAAAGCCAGCUGGUCCUUGGGAAAUACCACAGAUGCGCUGGUAUUGAACAUUAGCACUCCUGGAGGCAGUGUGGAACGCAUCAACGAUCAGCUACUUCGAGGAAUCUUCGAGGCCACCAUUAAUUCUGCUGGUGAUAGUGAUAAGGUACGUUGUAAUGCCGUAAGAACUUUGGGCAACUGUUUAAGGAUGUUACGAGCGGAACACUUCCCUCAACCUCUUUGGAUGGACCUUGCUCGAAAAGCGGUCGACAAACUUGUCCACAACACACUAAACUCAAACAAUGUUAAAGUCAAGUGGAAUGCAUGCUACGCUGUCGGAAACAUGAUGCGUAACGACCUAAUGUUCAGCGAGGGUCAAAGAAUCGAAUGGCAAAAGCAAAUCUUCCCUGCCCUCUGCCAAAUCGUCAUCAAUUCCAACAACUUCAAGGUAAGAAUCAACUCCGCCUCAGCCUUAUCGGUCAUCUCGAUCCGAGCCCACUACGCCACAUACUAUCUUGAGAUCUGGAGCUCUCUCCUAAAAGCACUCGAGCAGUCUGACAACCUGAUCGACUACAACGAGUACAAACACCGUGACAACCUUCAGGAACAACUGUGCCUCUCCCUGUCCCAUUUCCUAAACCUAGCGACCCGCGAAGAUCUAGGUCCAAUGGCCUGCGAACUCCUUCCCCUAGUGGAUGCAAUACGGCAGAACUGGGUGCGGGUCAUCAAUCGAAUACUGCCGGAAAAAUCGGUUAAACUCAUGGAGGCGCACGUCCGGCUGAAAGAGUUGCAUUCCACCCUGAAAAGUUCCGAGUCCAGGAGCGCUGCCGAAAUGAUUCUGAAUUGUUUCCGCGGCGAGGAGCAGCUGCUGUGAAAUUGUAAGUUUUCCUCUGUUUAUAACGGAAUU